GAUCUCGGCAUCCUCGGCACCGAGUGAGCGCAGCGACCCAAACUCCGGACGCAUCAUCCCGCCCGAAAAACCGGACAGACGGAAUUCCCACCUCUCUUUUGACCGCCAUGCUUGCCGAGCGUCACUGCAGCUUCCUGUCCGACUUUGAGGAUGCGUGCAGCGCUUGGGUGAACAGCGUGGAGUCUAACCACUGCGAUGUCAAUGAAACCGACCUAACAGUUGUCUCGCCAGGAACUGACGCCUCCGACUCAGAUUUCUUCUCUGACUUCAGCGACUCGGACUCGCUCUCACCCUCCCUCGACUUCAGCGGCAGUUUCCUGGCUGAACCGACUGCACCAGCGACCGUGGGCCUGAGCAGCACAGCGGAUGCCAUCCUCAACAUGAUCACGGAGAUUGUGGGAAUCUGCACCGAAAUGGAACAGCAGGGGGACACCGGUUCUCCUCCUUUGGCUACAGUCAAAAAUGAGUCGUCCGGCUCCAGCUGUGGGGCCGACUACCUCGCAACACCGGCCGCUCCGGACUUCAUUGAGGCUCUGCUGAGCCAAGACGGCGGCCAGGGUGAGAUGAAGGCCUUGGGGGUCAAGCAGGAAGUGGUAGCGUCGGAGGACUGGCUGAAGAACUGGAAUGUCGGCACUGAAGGAGACCAUGUCAAAAUGGAGGUGGACAUCCCCUCCACCCUGGACCCCGACCUCCUAUCGUCCCUCCUGCACGGCGCCUUCCCGACCGCGCACCUCAGCAGCGUGCCAACGGGCGCUAAAGUGUCCCGAAAGGGCCGGAGAGUUCUCGCCAAAAGCGGCGUGAAGGCCAAGGCGUUCCCGUGCUCCGUGGAGGGUUGUGAGCGACGCUUCUCACGCUCGGAUGAACUCAACAGGCACGUGCGGGUCCACACAGGACAGAAACCCUUCCAGUGCGCUGUGUGUGCGAGGAGCUUCAGCCGUAGCGACCACCUGACCACGCACACGCGCACACACACGGGCGAGAAGCCCUUCUCUUGCGACGUGUGCGGCAAACGCUUUGCACGCAGCGAUGAGAGAAAGCGGCACAGCCGCGUGCACGUCAAGCAGCAGCUGCGAGCGCAGAUGAUGGCCGCCUAUUCGCUGGCUGUGAGCGCCGUGUGAGGGCGGCAUCUUGCGGUGUGUGCCAUGGCGGUGGGUUUGGCAAAAACUUCAGGUGUUCUGACAACACGCACGCGGGCCCAGCAGUUGCAUGCUGGGAGUCAGACGCUUGGAUGAGACCAAUCAACUUUCCUGCAUGAGGGUGAAAAGUGACGUGACCUCCAUGUUUGUACGAUAGCUCUAUUUUUCUAGAUGUUUCUAUGACUUAUCAUGUGAAUUUGACUUGGAGUGAUGCAUUUUGGGAUAUGUGCAUAAUGUCCCUGCUUGAGGAUGCUUCAAUAAAAAAAAGCAAGAAACUGCA